UACGAAUACAACGUGCCUCCAGAACAACGCUUGGCCGUUCUUUUCAUCGCAACGUACCUAUUUCACGACGACAAGCGAUCGGUACCGGCCUAGGUAUCGUUCAUCUGGCUGUCGGCAACCGCUAUAGACCAACUUUACGAAUUGUCAAGCUGCUUUGCCGCAACUGGGUCUAAACCAUGCCUCAACCGAACAACCCGGCUGCAGCUGGCCAGCAGCAGCAGCAGCAGCAGCAGCAACAACAAGAGCAGCCAUGGGGUAUCAGCAACACUCAAAAGCUCAUCAUCGGUGGCGUGCUCUGGCUCGGCAUGAACAUCGCGAGCAAUGUUUACUUCAAGAAGCCUGUUGGUGUCGGCACCCAGGUCACCGACCCCAACGGCAAGGUCUACACCGUUCCGGACAACAUCGACGAUAUUCCUCCCUAUCUCCUUCGCCCUCGGACCCUGAAUGAAGGCGCAACCUACAGUGCGGUGCCCCGAAAGCUGGCGCCCAUGUGGCCCAUGGACAGCUACAUCGACAUCACCGUGACGGUCUCCGAGUCGCCCAGGCCCCGGCCCCUCGAGGCCACCCCGUCCGAGAAGGUUGUCAUGCAGGAAACCCGUUUCCACAUGGGAGAUUCCAGCGAUAAACGAUCCGUCGACACGACCAUCGAUCUGCCCCAGUCUGUUCAGAACAAUGGCACGCUGUGGGGCCAUUUCUAUGUGGGCCUCACGGGAAGCCCUCUCGAUCCUCUCGGCCCCGGCUUCGACUUGGCCUCUGCCUAUCAUUUUGCCUACCCCCUGACGCAAUAUCUCCCCAAGAAGAAGGAAGUCAAGGCAAGGUCUUUGCUCGAGGGUGUCCCGGAAGAUGCCAGCGAGGCGGGAGAGCAAGAGAAAGAGAUUGACCGGGAGGAGAACGUCGGCCCUAUCAUCGCCAACUAUUAUCACCCCAACUUUACCCUGUCCAUCAUUCCCGACUCGGGCGUCUUGGACUACCGGACUCUCCAUCCUGCGACCCGUCACUUCUUGCGAACAGAGCCCACCGGCGCUCGGGACGGCACGGGUCAGAAUUCGUGGUACUAUCCCGUCCUCUUCGUCAACAACUUCUGGCAAUUGAAGAACCAUAUGAUGUUGCUCAACGAGACUGUCACGACCGUCCCCAUGCACAUCGACCUCGGCAACCUCCGCCACUUCCUAUUCGGCAUAAUGUCGUCCCUCGAGCUCAGCAGCAAGGAGAGCGCGCGCCAGGUCGCCUUCGGCCAGUCCGUGCCGGGCGGCGGCGACGGCUCCGAAAUGGAGAUGGUGAAGACGAUUUUCCUCGACUCGAACCCGUACCUCCUGGCCAUAACGGCGGUCGUCUCCGUGGCGCACAUCAUCUUGGAGAUGCUCGCCUUCGGGUCGGACAUUGCGCACUACCGCAAGAAGAAGGACAACGUCGGCAUCUCGGUCCGCUCGAUCCUGGCCAACGCCUUCAUGCAGGCGGUCAUCCUGCUGUACCUCAUCGACAACUCGGAGAACACGAGCUGGAUCAUCCUCGGGUCGCAGGGCAUGGGCAUCGUCAUCGAGCUCUGGAAGAUCACCACCGUGGUCGACGUCAAGGUGGAGCCCGGCGGCCCGGGCUCCUGGCUGCCGUUCAAGAUUGUGUUCGCCGACAAGUACAAGCUGAGCGAGACGGAAGAGAAGACCAAGGAGUACGACGAGAUUGCGUUCCGCUACAUGUACGUGGCCGCCGUGCCGCUGCUCAUCGCCUACGCCAUCUACUCGCUGGUCUACGAGACGCACAAGUCGUGGUACUCGUACAUCAUCACGAGCCUGGUCGGGUCGGUGUACGCGUACGGGUUCCUCAUGAUGGUGCCGUCGCUGUACAUCAACUACCGGCUCAAGAGCGUGGCGCACAUGCCGGGCAAGGCCAUGAUGUACAAGUUCCUCAACACGUUCAUCGACGACCUCUUUGCGUUCACCAUCAAGAUGCCCGUCCUGCACCGGCUGGCGACGUUCCGGGACGAUGUCAUCUUCUUCAUUUACCUCUACCAGCGCUGGGCGUACCGCGUCGACUACACGCGGGUGAACGAGUUUGGGCAGGGUGGUGAUGAAGAGGUCACUGCGGCGGAGAAGGCCAAGGUGCAGGAACUGUUGGAGCAGGAUGCGGCCGCGCAGGAGGGAGAGAAGGAAGCCCGGGAGGGAACGGCGAAGAAGGCGACGGGGGCUGACACGGGGAAGGCGAAGAAGAGGAGAGCGUGAGGUUGAAGGAAGCAAGGGGAAAGAAAACAUGUUCCAAUUUCCCCCAUUGGGUUAUUUCUGGUGGUUGAGAAAAGUAAUGGCAUAACAGGGGGGAUUUCUGCACCAUAUUUAUAGACUAAGGUAGGUAGGCGGUCAUUGUAGAAGAGGAGGGAUUGUGCCUUAUGGAGCUAGACAGACGGCAAGGCAAUGUGCUGCAAGCUGAUAUUCUUUGCAUAUAAAGACCACCUCUGAAGC